AUGCCAACACUUGAGGAUAUAACUGAUGCAGAGGAUGUGGAUGAUUUGGAUUUAGAUCUUGCAGAGUUUGAUCCAGAUCUCGUUACUCCAGUUGCUCCAAGACAGAGAGAUGAAGUUGACACUAGGGAGAAAGAAUUAGCCAAGAAAGAGGCGGAAAAUAAGGAAAAGGGGAUAGAACCAGAGCAACCACAACUUGCCAAACCGUCAGGGCCAUUUAUUGAUCCAUCUGUAGGUUCGUUUAAUGCACCAGGAAGUGAAACAAAUCCGGAUCUUCCAAAAGUUCUGACCCACCUUUCAGAUGAGGAAAAGAAGCAGCUUGCCACCAUGCAACUAUUGUACCCAUGCUAUUUUGAUGCAAACAGAUCGGUGAAAGAGGGAAGAAGAGCGCCAAUAGAAAAAUGCAUUGAGAAUCCUCUAGGAAAGACGGUGCUUGAUGCAUGCAAAGAGUUAGGGCUUCCAUCUAUGCUAGAGACAGAUAAAUCACAUCCACAAGACUUUGGAAAUCCAGGCAGAGUGAGGGUAGCCUUAAAAUAUAAGGGAAAACCUACAACACCUAAGAUUAAAAGCAAAAGACAACUUAUCUACAUGGUUGGAGAGUAUAUGGUGAAGCAUCCAACAACUUUGGCAUCCGUGAAACUGGUUCCAGGACCUCCGGAGCUAAUGCAAGCCAACUAUAAACCUAUGGAGGUUCCACAAGUGGCUGGCUUCAAGAUGAAUACCAUUGUUCCACUUCAUUCUCCUUUCACUAUGAAGAAUCCAGAGACGGCUGGUGCUUAUUCAAAAAUGCACACACCAGAAGAUACGCAGCCUAAGAAGAUGAAGCCUAAGUUUAAGAGAAUCCGUGUGUAG